AUGCAGAUGACCGGGGCGUAUUCGAUUCCACGAAAAAUUGACGAAGCCCGACUUUCCCUGGUAACAUCACCGCCUGAACUUCCAGUAAAAGUCCCUAGCCAGGAGAGGAAAGACUCGAGUGCCGCAGGAUACGUGCUGACAUCCGUCGAUCAAAUCGUCAACUGGGCUCGACAAAACUCGUUAUGGGCCCUGAGCUUUGUUCUCGCCUGCUGCACCAUUGAGAUGAUGCAAGUCUCCAUGCCACAAUACGACCAGGACCGUCUGGGCAUAAUUUUCAGCGCCUCCCCUCGCCAGGCCGAUGUCAUGGUUGUAGCUGGCACAGUAACAAGCAAAAUGGCUCCAGCUCUUCGUCAGUGCUACGAUCAGAUGUCUGAGCCUCGAUGGCUCAUUACCAUGGGAAGUUGCGCGAAUGGGGGUGGCUAUUACCACUACAUUUAUAGUGUUGUACGAGGCGUUGAUCGGAUUAUUCCUGUGGAUGUGUAUAUCCCGGGCUGCUCACCUACGCCAGAAGCGUUCCUGUAUGGGACUUUCCAAUUGCAGAAUAAGAUUCGGACGACAAAGGUCACGAGAAUGUGGUAUUGGAGGUAG